GCAACCGCCCUACAACUUCUGACAUCAGCCAAAACAUCAGCCUAAACUUAGAAAAUGUCGCGCAGUCGACUAUGCUUGAGGCAUCCGAGGAUCCUGCUUUGCUUCCACGGUUCGACAUUUCGCACGAUUUCGGAUUGUCCGUCGUGUCAGCGUCAGAUGACAUAGCGCUCAACCGAACGUCCGAGUUCGAGCCUUUUGAUUUGACAAGAGCCGAAGUGCAACCGCCCGUUGUGAUCGACGAACGUAAUCUUCCAGAGCCAGCUGUAUCCGACAGUGUACUAACUCAGCCCGAAACCAUAGAAUACACCGUUGUAGACGCAGGAACCAAAAGAGGCAAACCAAAGCUAGUAUCCUCCGAUGGAUAUUCAUUCACGUUUAAGUUGAAGACAGCGGCCGUGGUUGAUGUGUUCGCAGCCUAUGUAAAUCUUGACGAGCAGCUUGGCCAGCUAUGGGAAGAAUACGACCAGCGGGAACUGACCACCGAGGAUUUCCUAACCAAGAUCGGGGAGACGUAUGCCUUCUGA